AUGACACCUGUUUUGUGUUCCAGGAUUCUGUGGAUGGUGCCGAUCUACAGCUUGGACAGCUGGCUGGCCCUGAGGUACCCCGGCAUGGCCAUCUACGUGGACACCUGCAGGGAGUGCUACGAGGCCUUCGUCAUCUACAACUUCCUGGUGUUCCUGCUCAACUUCCUCAGCAACCAGUACCCGAGCCUGGCGCUGAUGCUGGAGGUGCAGCAGCAGCAGCCGCACCUGCCGCCGCUCUGCUGCUGCCCGCCGUGGCCCAUGGGAGAGGUGCUGCUGUUCAGGUGCAAGCUGGGAGUCCUCCAGUACACCGUGGUCCGACCCGUCACCACCGUGGUCGCGCUCGUCUGUCAGCUCUGUGGAGUUUACGACGAAGCAAACUUCAGCUUCAGGAGCGCCUGGUCCUACCUGGUGAUAAUCAACAACAUCUCGCAGCUGUUUGCCAUGUACUGUCUGGUUCUGCUCUACCGGGCCCUGAGGGACGAGCUGAAGCCCAUCAGACCCGUGGGGAAGUUCCUGUGCGUCAAGCUGGUGGUCUUCGUCUCGUUCUGGCAGGCGGUUCUGAUCGCUCUGCUGGUGAAAGUGGGAGUGAUUUCUGACAGACACACCUGGGACUGGGACAGUGUGGAGGCUGUGGCCACCGGACUGCAGGACUUCAUCAUCUGCAUAGAAAUGUUCCUGGCUGCCAUCGCCCACCACUACACCUUCACCUACAAACCCUACGUCCAGGAAGCCGAGGAGGGCUCGUGUUUCGACAGUUUUUUGGCGAUGUGGGACUUCUCAGAUAUCCGAGCCGACGUCACGGACCAGGUUCGCAACGUCGGCCGGACUUUCCUGGGACGUCCCAACAAGAUGUACUUCGGUGCAGCCGCUCGACCUGAACACACCGAACACACGGGCCUGCUGAACGCCGCCUCGCAGGAGACCGUCGCCGCAGCAACCGCCUCCAUGCCCUCCUCCCCUUCAUCGAGCGGGCGCUACCAAGGUCUCGGCCACACUCCCGCCCCCCACUCCAUCUCUGCCCCCGCGGGGUUCGCAUCUUCGUCCUGGGAGGACGACAGCGACAGCUCGCCGUCGCAGCCGGCGGUCAGACAGUAACAGAACCAGACGCCAGGAAACCGUCAGACUGAGAAACUGAAAACGAACUCCCCCGAACUAAAGAAGUUUACGAAAGAGGAGGAGUCUGUGAUGUUGAAGCCAAGUCUGCAGAAACCGGUGUCGUUUGCACAAACUGUCCAAAUCUAAAUGUUGAACUUCUGCGUCUUGCCGUCAGACGGUGUAGUUUGUACCUGGUGGUGACGGCGGAACAAGUCGUCGUCGUGGUUCGGUGCGCUCACCGCGCUCAAGUGUCCUGCAGAAAUCUCCACUGUACGUCUGAACUCACAAGAAAAAUUAUGUGAAGAUCAUCAAAAAUGGCAACUUCCUCCAAGUGUUUAGAACAAUACUCAAAUAAGUUUGUUUAUAAAAGCUCAGAUUAUUACUUUAUUUAAAGAAAAUAUUAAUGGUAAACUAUAAAAUAAAUAUAUAUAAACAAAUAUCGCCGAUAAGUUUGUCCA